GCCAGCCCUGUGGAUCACAGUGGAAGCGCUGCUGUGACAGGCUGUCUGUGCGCUCUAACCGAUGCGUCACACGGAUAGGUGCGGUUUGCGCAGCGCAACUCUCCACACUGUGCGUGUUUGCUGAAGUGACGUGGUGGAAAGCUGAACACUUUCCUCAAGCAAGCAUAUUGAGAUUUUUUUCUUUUUACUUUUUAGUUAAUCUCCAUAAUUUCAGGGUUUCUUUUUCCCCCUCGAUUUUUGGUCUUCUUGUCGCUAAAAGCUACAGAAGUUCAAGGAACGGACCAGCACUUUCACAUCUGAUGAGGUGAGGCUGAAAAGGUUUCCACCUAACACCGCCCGGCAGUGACCAGGACAGGGUUACACAAAUCCAAAUAUGCGCGUAAUUGGAGCGCGCUGGCGAGGCGUCCCUUGCUCCCCUGGCCGGAAAACAUCAUUGUCAUGAUGUUCAAUACUUCGGGAAUUGAGCCCACUUUUAACAAGAAAGAGGAUAUUUCCGAAGUUAUCAAUGGCACUCUGUUUCUGGUCAGCAACGUGCCGGUCACCACCAUCAGCAACCCCACAGCCAAGUGGAACGAGUCAUGCGGGGAGCAGCUGCUGGAUUUCGGGCGCCCGGAGAAGAUCAUUAUCGGGGUCAUGCUGGCGAUGAUCACGGCGGUGACCGUGAUGGGAAACACGCUGGUGGUGAUUGCGGUGUGCGUGGUGAAGAAACUUAGGCAGCCAUCAAACUACCUGCUGGUGUCCCUUGCGGUGGCGGACCUGUCAGUGGCCAUAGUUGUGAUGCCGUUCGUCAUAGUGACGGACCUCACCGGCGGCAAGUGGCUCUUCGGGGACUUGUUCUGCAACAUCUUCAUCGGCAUGGAUGUAAUGUGCUGCACUGCCUCCAUCAUGACCCUGUGUGUGAUCAGCGUUGAUAGAUAUCUUGGGAUCACACGGCCUCUCACCUACCCAGCACGUCAGAAUGGUCAGCUGAUGGCUAAGAUGAUCCUGGGAGUGUGGCUGGUGUCAGCAUCCAUCACCCUGCCACCUUUCUGUGGAUGGGCCAAAAACGUCCACACGGCUGGCGUGUGCCUCAUUAGCCAAGACUUUGGUUACACCAUCUACUCUACAGCAGUAGCCUUUUACAUCCCUAUGCUGGUAAUGCUCUUCAUGUAUUACAAGAUUUUCAGAGCAGCUCGGAAGAGCGGAGCCAAGCACCGCUUCACAGACUUGUCACGGCGCGAACGCCUUGAAACGGUCGCUAACGAGGCACUCCGCAUGCAGGGCCUUAAGCCACCCGGCGUGGCGGAGGAGUGCGCCGCCUUGUCUCGCCUGCUGAACCGCGAGCGGAAAAACAUCUCCAUCUUCAAACGGGAGCAGAAAGCAGCCACUACACUCGGGGUGAUCGUGGGUGUCUUUGCUGUGUGCUGGCUGCCAUUCUUCAUCCUGACCACUGCCAGGCCGUUUAUCUGUGGGGUGGAGUGCAGCUGUGUGCCCAUCUGGCUGGAACGCACUCUGCUCUGGUUGGGGUAUGCCAACUCGCUGAUGAACCCCUUUAUCUACGCCUUCUUCAACCGAGACCUGCGCUCCACCUACCGUGACCUCCUCCGCUGCCGCUAUCGCAAUAUCAACCGUCGGCUGUCUGCUGUGGGGGUGCACGAGGCUCUUAAGGUGUAAACCUGGAAGAAUAACCAGCAUAAAAUGUGGCAGAAGGUGUUUCUGUUUUUAAAAUGUGUUUAUUGUCUGCGCACACAGCAGACCUGUAGAUAAGGCACAGACUAAUGAUGGAAACUCUUUCUUGGUUGUUCUUAAGCCCCUCUAUGAAGCCAUGGAGACAGCAGGAUUACUUCAGUUUGCAGAUGAUUCAGUCAUUCUAUUUAAAGAAAAAAACAACAGCAUUGUGCCUCCUUGAUGGGCCACUUAUACUGAAGCUGCUUUUGUGCACAUGCCACAAUUACAUCCUAGCUCCUGAUUUAUGGUGUGAUAUUACAGCAACAAAAAGAAAUGACAUGUAAACAAAAACAAUUACCCUGGGGCUUUCAGCUAGAACAAAAAAUCAAUUAAAAAGAUUUCUGUACAUAAAAUAAAGUGGUGUUUUAGAGGGAAGAGUUUUUGUUUUGUGGCACAGUGUCUUUGAGUCAUUCUCUUUUCUACAUGGGUGUUAUAAAAUCCACCAUAAAGAGACAUUUCCUGUUCUUAUAAUGGAAGAGUUCAUUACUCUUAAACACACAAAUGGAUUUCUGUAAAAUAUCUAUGUGAAAAUUUUUUUCUCACAUUUCAUUGUCCUCAUCAACCAAAACCUACAUUUGGAAAAGAGCCAUCUUCAAAAACUGUUUUAAUGGUUUAGCCAAACAUAAAACUACACGCUUCAACUCCUUCAUUACUGUAUGUGUCAAGAACCUAAAGACUGUACGGGGGGUGGGGGGUUCCUACUCUGGUCACUUUACCUUGAUCGGUCUCAUUCCACAGUAGCUCCUGACCUUUUCACUUGAACAAUUGCUCUGUUCCUGAGACUCUUGUUUUUCACUGGUUGUCAACAAUGUUUCCAUUCUUGUUUUGAAGUCAGGAUGCGGUCAUUUCCCUGCUGACUAAGCUCCCAUUUUAAACUCUGCUGUGACCUGUACAGUAUAAACCCUUGUCAAAUAUCACCAUUGAACAGUGUGUGGCUUUCUCUACCUCAAUUCUUUAAAAAUACUGUACAUUUCUUUUUCAAAACAUAAGUACUGCUGUUUUAUUUUUUGACUGACUGAUAUUUUCUACUAUGUAAAUUAUUCUGUCUAUAGCUGCAUAUGAGUGCUCAGUGUGACCGCUUUGUCAUUACUUCUAAAAUGUUAGACUGAGGCAGUGUAUUUCAUCACUUUGUAAAUAAAGAUACACUUCAAAUGUCACUGUGUAUCAAUCCGUAACACGACAUUAAGAAUGCUUUGAGAAUAUAUAUGUAUUAUUUUAGAUACCAUGUCCACUUCCUAGUUGUGGAUCAUGAUACAGAUUUUUAUGAUGGCCGACAGGUGCCAACGCACAGCCAACAAUAAAAUGGGCUCCAAAAACGGAGGCAAAAAAUAAACAUAUGCAUCAGAAAAACGCUGCAAACAAAAUAAUGCAGCAUUCACUUAAGUCGAGGAAAAUACCAAUG